AUGUCGACCGCCAAACGCCAGUCGACCGUUCCUGCUGGACCAAAACCCCCGGUCAACUUCUCUUCGACAGUUACCAUUCCGAAAGACGCUGUUCUCCAGGGUACACACUCCAUCACAAUUCAGUCCGAAACACUCAUCCAUCCUCGUGCACGGCUCGACUCGAACCUCGGCAGCAUUCUGAUCGGUCGACGCAGUAUUGUGCAAGAGCGGGCUCAGAUCGGCGUGGAACCUCAGAAUAUCGACACUGCCAUCCGAGGUGGUGUCUCUUUGGGCGAUUAUGUUGUGGUCGAGGUGAACGCUGUCAUUGAAGCUGGUGGCACUGAAAUCGGGGACGGCUCCGUGGUUCAGGUCGGCUCGCGCAUUGGCAGUGGCGCGAAGAUUGGAGAAACUGUCGUCUUGUCGAACGGCCAACAGCGUGCCGACAAAAGACUCGCGGAUGCUCGAAAGCUGGGCACUUUGAAGCAGAUCAACGUCGUCAGAAAGAUGAUACGCAACGAUCAGGACAAGUUUAAGUGA